AUGGCUCAUCUCCUGCCACUCAUGAGCACCACUCCCCGCUCGACGAAGUACAGCGCCGAAGAAUACACCAAGUUCAAAGUUGAUGUCGCUGGGGGCGUAUCACAAAGGAAGAGCGAGUCCUACGAUUACCUGGUUAUCUGCGCCGUGCUCAUCACAGCAGUGGCCUUGAAAAAGUUGCAGCGCCGGAUCCGCUUUCCGUACACAGUGUUCAUGUUCAUCGCGGGCUUCGGGUUCUCGUAUCAGGACGCGGAGAACGAGAAGAGCCUCGACUCACUUUCAGUGUGGCUGCGAAACAUCAAGUUCCAUGUCCUCAUGGUUUUCGUGCCGGCGGCGACAGUGUACGCCACGCAGGGCAUCAACCACUUCAUCUUCCGCAGAUGCCACCGAGAGAUCACGGUCUUCUCCGUGGGAACCCUAGGCAUCAGCACGGUGGUGUCGGCACUGUAUGCGUACACCUUCCUGGGCACCAAGGGCAUCAACAACUGCUUGCUAUUCGGCAUCCUGCUUUGUUCCUGUGAGCGGCUGCCCAUCGCCGAUGAGCUGCUCGAGGAAGGCCGCUUUCCCAUACUGACCACGAUGUUGCAGGCUGAGUCCAUCGUCAACAAUCUGUUCGUCUGGUCCGUCCUUGACACAGUCGAGGCCCAUGAAAACCAGGGCGUGACGACCAUUCUGAACCACCUGCUGGUGUCGCACGUGAUGGGCACUAUAGGCGGCGUGUUCAUGGGAGCCGUGGCCAUCUGGUCGCUGCGCCUGGCGCCCCAGAGUCAGAGCAGCAACACGUUCUUGCACAUCUGCCUGACAUACGCCACCUUCUGCCUGCUCGAAGUGAUGGGCAUCUCGGGCGUUGAUGGCGUGGUAGCCUUCACGCUCCUCACCACCUCGCACCGCCUGGUCGCCUGCACCGAACUCGAGGGCCUGCUGCGCAAGUACUGGUCGGCCAUUUACGACGUCUCGGGUUUCCUCUCGCUCUUCAUGUCAUCGUUGUACGGCGGCGAGCUGCUUUUCAUCUUCGCCCGCACGAGCAUCCUGCCGCAAGUGGCGUUGGCAUACGUCGUGCGCAUCCUGGCACGACUGUUCUCGGUAGUGGCCCUGUUCCCGAUUAUCGAGCAGUUUGGCUACCCCGUGUCGUGGCGCCAGGCUGUGGUUACGGUGUGGAUGGGGCUCAAAGGACCGCUGAACAUCACCGUCGUCACCUUCCUCUACCACCAUCAGUCGACUAUCAACGUUGAAUACGUCGGAGGGACGUUUCCAUACAUCGUUUGCGACAUACUCCUGGGCCAGUUGAUAAACGUCACUUUCCUCGAAAUAAUCUUUAGGACUCUCGGAGUACUGGAGGUGUCCGAGAUUGAACAGCGCACCAUGUCGAGCGCCGUGACGUACCUGAAGGACCACGUGAUGGUGUCCAGUCGAGUCCAGGAGGCCGACUCGUACUUCCGGCCGGUCGACUGGAAGUGGGUGCUGCGCCACACCAUCAUCCAGAAUCCGUUCGAGUCGGGACACAAACCGUGGUUGAAGCUUGACGCGAGAAGAAGACCGAGCGCGCGGGAAGCCCAGACAAAGGCGGAACACUUUGCCGUUGAAAACGUGCUCAGAAUCGAGCAGGUGAGCUAUUCGAGGCAGUACCGAGAAGGGAUGAUCCAGAAGAGCACCAUGAUGACUCUGCUGGCUGCUCUGCAGUACCCGUUCGACAAGAAAGUGUACAUGGGCGCAGACACCAUCGAAUCGCUGAUCGACAUUCCCGAUUGGAUCAAAUGGACGAAGGAGCGCCUUUCGGUGUCCAGCUUUGGCGAGGAUCUCAUGGACGAUACUGAGUCCAUCCAGAGCCAGAUGGAGCGCAACGUGCAGGAGCGCAUCAUCGACAUGUUCGAGCACAAGUACUACGAGCUGGUCAUCACCAGCACCACGCUCACCUUUCUCACGUGCCUGCUGGGAAUGCUGAUGAACACGCCACUUCCACCUAAGCCGCGCUCGGACGCCGUACUGGUCAUCGAGGGCGUCUACAUCAUCCUUUUCGCCGCCGAGAUUACCACCAUGAUAACUGCUUAUGGGCACCGGUUCGUGCGGUUGGACAACUACAACAAACUGGACCUUGUGCUGGUGGCCACGUGCAUCUUCGUGUUCGUCGCCCAGUUCACCAUCUACUUCCUAGUUGCCACCCAGCACCAGUACCAGGCCAUCCCCACGGCCAUCUUCAUCCUUGCCAUGUCUGUGCGGCUGGUCCAUGCCGUCAAGUACAUCGAGGUGGUCCAGGACUGGUUGCUGGACGCGCUGCACCGGUACCUGGACAAAAUAAUUUACGCGGCGUACGAGACCUCACUGGCCAUCAUCACGGGCGAGGAAGAGGUGCAGCAGAACGUGUGGAAGUACGUGCCGUCGUCCGACCUGGCCCUGGAAACGCGCAGCCGUGCCACCAACAACCGGCUCAUCGUGCUGCGCAACCUGGUCGAGAUCCAGUCGCGCUUCCCGGGCAUCGCCGUCGCCUUCAAAGUCGCCAGGCGGCGCAGACCAUCUUGA